GCUGACUAAUUCAGUGCAUCUUCUAGCAGAGUUGAUUGUUGUGAGAUCGCAGGUCGAGAGGAUGACAUCUCGAGUGUACUGCUCGUUGAGUGUUGUUUUAGUGUGUCUGUCUGCAUGUUUGAGCACAAACCACGCUGGAGUCGUAGCAAAGCCGGGACAGUGUCCAAGCUCAAAAUCUGGUGGAGGAAAUUGUGCUGAGUUGUGUUCCUAUGACCGUGACUGUCCCAACAAUGAGAAAUGUUGCAGCAAUGGAUGUGGACGUCAGUGUAUGGCUCCAUAUACAGUGAAGCCUGCAGCUGAACCGGCAAAGCCUGCAGUUUGUGCUGAAAACUGUCAAAAAACUCACCCUAAUGCCCAAUGUUCUGGCCCCAAGAGGGGCCCUCCAGAGCCUGUAGUGAAGCCUGUGGCCGAACCAGUGAAGCCUGUGGCUGAACCAGCAAAGCCUGCAGUAUGUGCUGAAAACUGUCAAAAAACUCACCCUAAUGCCCAAUGUUCUGGCCCAAAGAGGGGUCCUCCAGACCCUGUACUGAUCCCUGUGGCCGAACCAGCAAAGCCUCCAGUGAAGCCUGCGGCUGAACCGGCAAAGCCAGCAGUGUGUUCUGAAAACUGUCAAAAAACUCACCCUGAUGCCCAAUGUCCUGGUUCUAAGGGGGGUCCUCCUGGACAUAAAGAAAAUGGCCAUGCAUGCAGUUAACAGUGUUGAU